CACUUAUUCAAAAAUGGUAACGCGUUAAGUAAUUAAUUAUUGAUGAUGCAGACGCAGCACGCCUAUCCAUAUAUACGUACAUAAACUAUGAUCUUCUUCUCUUCCAAUUCGUUCUGAAACAAUCUCUCGUAUCGGUUUUUAAAAUUUUGCUGAAUAAUUGAGUAAGAAAACAAUGGGAGGUGGUAAAGACAAGCAUCAUGAUGAGCAAGAGAAAGGGUUUCAUGGUUUUGGACAUCAUUACCCACCCGCUCCUGGAGGGUACCCGCCCGCUGGUUACCCUCCGCAACAGGGUUACCCGCCACAACAGGGUUACCCACCCGCAGGAUAUCCAGGUGCACCCGGUGGUUAUCCUCCUGCUCCUGGCCAUGCCGGUUAUCCACCUGCAGGCUAUCCUGCUCCUCACCACUCAGGACAUUCUGGUGGUGGAAUCGGUGGCUUGAUAGCUGGUGCAGCUGGUGCUGCCGCAGCAGCAUAUGGAUCUCACCACGUUGGUCAUGCCUCUCACAACCCUUACGGGCAUGCAGGACACGCAGGAUAUGGCCACGUUGGUCAUGGCUCUCAUGGCUUUGGGCAUGGUGGUCAUGGUAAGUUCAAGCACGGAAAGCAUGGAGGCAAAUUCAAGCACGGAGGCAAGUUUAAGCAUGGAAAGCAUGGGAAACAUGGGAAACACGGUAUGUUUGGAGGAGGAGGCAAAUUCAAGAAGUGGAAGUAAUCUUCAAAAUCCCACACCUUUGAUUCUCUCCGCCAGUUGUCUCAUUACCUGACCGAUGUUUCUAAUAAUCCUCCCCCACCUAAACAUAAACAUUGCAUUUUAACUAUAUCGGUUUAGAGAUCGCUGGUUCGAGGAAAUAAAAUGGAGAGUGCUUGUAUAAAAACCUUAUGGUAUCUGAGGAAGAGGUUUCUUCAAUUUCUCGAUAGCUUAUCUAUAAUUUGGUUUUGUAAUGACAAUUUGUGUUUGUUUCGGUUCUUUUUUUUUUAAUGGAAAUAACCUCUUAAGUUUGAUGA